AUGAUUACUCACACACCAUACUUUUUAAAGCAAACGCAAAAGAAGCCUGUUCAAAAUAGAGUCAGGACUUCCAUUCCAACUUUUCUAGUUAAAACAUACGAAAUGCUAGAAAAUCAAGAGCACAAAGACAUUGUCUGUUGGAGUGAAGAUGGCAAGUCUUUUUUGAUUAAGAAGCACAACGAAUUCAGAGAUUAAGUUUUACCUCAAUAUUUCAAACACAAUAAUUACUCCUCAUUUGUUAGACAACUUAAUAUGUAUGAUUUUCACAAAGUGAGAAAUGAAAGUACAGACUCUGAAUACAAAAAUCCAUUGUUUUAGAGAGGAUAGCAAAAAAUGCUUUCAGAAAUAAAAAGAAAAAGCGGGGAUAACAAUAAUGAUGAAUUUUCUACUUAGUAAAAUGACAACAAUGAUGAUAGUGCUUAAAUACUCCAAAAUGCUUCUGGUAAUAGUUUGAAUAUUGAUGUGGAUAACUCUAAAUCAGAUAACACCUAAAUACUUAGUGAAGUUUCUAAUUUAAAAUCUAAACAAAACAGUCUUGAAAAAGCAAUGACUAUGCUUAUUUCUUAGCACGAAACUCUAAUUCGUGAGAACAAGAUCUUGUGGGAUGAAAUCAGAAGAUAAAAUGAACAAGAUGAUUUGAGAGGAGAAAAGAUUAUGAUGGUUUUAGCAUUUUUUUUGAACAGAAACAAUUAAUUUAAUAACAGCUAAACAUCAAGAUCACUUGUUCCUCAACAAUCAAACAACAGAAGACCUAUAUAACCGAGCUUCGAAGAUAUCCAGCAAUUUCUAUAAAAUCAAUCUUAUUAAAAAAGAGACAACAGGUAAAGUGAAAUACUUCAAGGUAUUUACUAGGAAUUUAAUAAAUUGAAUAACGGAAAAUUCUCAUUUGACACAAAUGAAUCAAGAAAUCCCUAUUAUUCUCUUCCUCUGAUAAAAAAUAAAAAAGCAAGAAAUGAAUCGUUCACUUCUUAAAUCUCUUAAGAUGUCAGAGAACUAUUAAAAACUUACGAAAAAAGUGGAUCAAAUGACAAAGAAAUGAUUGAAUAGUACUUGCAAAAAUUAAUUGGAAGCAAUAAUAUACCUGAAAGUAGAUCAGACUACUUACCAAUUGAACCUCUCCCAUCAUCAUCUAGUGGAAGCAUAAAACAUGAAAAGUAAUCACUUAACGUUUUUGAAAAUCCUUAAACGAAAAGAAUAUGCCAAGAAACACUGAAUCCUCUUAACAAAGGGUAUUCUGCAGAAAAUACUGGCAUUAAUUAAUCGAAGAUUGAAGAUAGAAAUAUCAACAACCAAGAUUCUCACUUCCAAAGUUCUCAAUUAGUUUAAUAUGGCAAAUAAAACAGUAAUAACAUUAGCAAUUAAGUGAGAAGCAAUUCUUUACCUAAAUUACAAUCUAAUCCGUCCUAUGAGCAUCUCCCUUUCGAUGGUUAAAAUAAUUAUAGCUCUAACUAAACUAACUAUGCUAGUUUAAGUCCUAACAUUCAUUCUAAUAAUGGUAACAAUCCUAUUUUCACUCUGAGUAGAACUAAUAGCUCUAAUCUCGUUAACUAAUUCCACUCUGAUAAGCUUGGAAUCGGUUAUUCAGCCAGUCCUAUAAGAAUGACACAUAAUGAGCUGCCUCAUAGUUCAAUCACCAUUGGUGAUCAUCCUAACCUAUUCCCCUACUACGGAAACAUGAACGGUUCAUUUACUCCAGAGCAUAACUACCAUGAAGAUGAAGAAUAUACUGGCAGAUCUAGGAGAUCUUCUUUCGAUAAAAACCAUGACUAAAGCAAUAAUUUCUCUAACAUAAAUUGA